ACGCAGCGAUUGUCGCAGCUCGCGCCUGCAGCAAAGCUUCUCCCGCGCACCUGCAUCGUGCCGCUCCGCUGGUGCCGCGUCCGCAGAGUGCUGCAGGUGCUGUGCUGCUUUCUGCUGGCGUUUCAGCUCGUCCGGCGUCUGGAGACACCACGACGGUCAAUCGUCAUCCCAGAAUGCAGCGGGCGUGUCUCGCCAUCUUGCUCCUCGGCCUUUGCAGGAACAUCAGUCUGGCGUCGAACACGUCUGACGUGACGUACGGCAUCAAUCCGGGUAGACUACCCGCAGUGGACGUGGCAUCUGACCCUGCGGGUAACCUCACAAAUGGUUUAUCUGUCAGCACACACUGCUCUCUCUACCCCGUCUACCCCAUCCAAGACCAGCUUCAGCGCCUUCUCGCCUCGAACGCCAAACUGAUCGAGAUGGACAUCACCCUCCUGAACGCUCCUCCGGCCUACCUCGUUGACCGACUUCCCGACUACCACAACCCCUACCUCUGGGUUCGCUCAACCGGCCGGCAAGGUCGAAGCCUCCUGAUCCUGGAGGAUAGCUACCAGUUCAUGUCCCUCUCUUUUUUAAGCGUGGGUGUCUACAGACUGAACGCUACCUUAGCUGACCUACCUGCACACUGCCUGCUGUCCUUGACCCCUGAUGGCAUUCUAGAGUCUCUAAGGAAGCUUCUGCUCAACGACUUCAAACAGGAAGAUGACAGGAGUUUCAGUGUGGAAGACCACGUUUGUAAUAUCCGAGUGAAGGAUAACGACGGGUAUGCAGAGUUUGUGUACGUCUGCUGCUACAAGAGCCCGGAUGGUGACAUCAUCUGUAAGGAUGUGGAGAGAGACGUGUGGAUUGAGACGCUGAUGGUAUUUAUUGCCAUCAGCAAAGUCAUCGUCGUUCUUUUCAGUCCCUCUUUCAUCCCAGGGAACCUGUAUCGUCUCAAGUACGUAGCUAACGAGUACAUCUUCCGGCCUGCACGUGACCUGCACGUCCGGUUCGUCGUCACUCAGUCUCCUUCCGUAUAUGAGAAGGAGGACAAGGUGGUGAAGCUGUCCACAGUGCCAAACAUGGAAUAUUUCAAGACUUUUGUGGACACCCAAACGAAGAUGGAUCGUGUUUACCAGCUUACCUUGGACCGCGCACGCCUGAGAAUAAAAAGCAGAAGGAUGUUGGGAGAAAACUUCGUACCUGUGGGACUGGGGCGACUGAUUUACAACAACCUCUUCCGGUGUCGACUCCGGCGUUUGUCUCCCUUAACAGAUUGUUGCAACACCAGCCUGCUAGGGUCGUUGAACCCCGACAUAAGAAUCAUCAAGUGGUACAAAUGUGGUCGCAUCUUCGCCAAGACUCUCUUAGUUCUCCUGCUUCUGUUCCCAUGGUUCAUCCGUCUGUGGAUGUUUUACAGAUACGAGGACGAAACCGAGGCCGCCAAACGAGAAACCGCGAGAAGGUUGGGCCUGGAAACCCACUUUCAAGGGAACGUCACUCUGUACCUAACUCCCCUACAUGCACUCUUUAUCCUCAUUUACUUCAUCUUCGUCGUCGAUGCUGUCCUGUACAGGGUCAUAUCCAAGGAGAUGAAGAAGAAGUUCAGAUACUUGCUGCGGAAGUGCCUACGUGACAUGCGCGAGCGCUCACGCAUCGAGGUGUGCGCUUGGAGCAUGAGUCUGUUAGUGAUGCCGUUCCGGAAGCUGGGAGUGUUGGGCCUGCUGCUGUUCCUGCCCUACCUCGUCCUCCUCCUGCCAGUCACAUUGCCAGUCCUCGCCUUUUAUCUCUUCCCUGGCCUCAACCUUAGCAUCCGCCUCCUUAUUCAUGUCGUUAUCUUCAUGUGCCCAACCAGGAUCAUGGAAAAGUGGCAGCGGUUCGCAUCUCGACUGGCGACAGUGCGAGAACAGCUAGAGGUGGACAAAAUUGCAGCAGACGAGAACUUUGAGCGAUGGCAGCAGCUGAAGCGCAAAGACCAAUUCUUCCAGAUCGUCAUCCUCGUCAUGUGCCUCGUCUCCUUCUGGUCCGUCACCUUCCUCCUCAUGGAGGUCAUUUCCUUCUUCGUGGAGAUGGGUGUGUACACGCUUAUGGGCAUCAUCGUCAACGCUGGGACUGUCCUGCAGUACAUCACAGUGCUUCUAAUGGUCAUCAUGUACGGCCGCUCGACGUUCAACAGCGUUCAGGACAGGUACCUGGCCUACCACCAGCAGAUCCACAAGCAGCUCCUGGCUCUCAAGAGGGAAGAAAUCGAAACCAUCGCUAAAACGGAGGAACUGGACCAGGAGAACACCGCCUUGCGAGUACAGGGGGCGAUGGCAGCGUCUUCAGAACGACCUGAAAUAAGAGUUGCUGUAAAAGCAGGGAUUCCUCAGUGGCAGACUUCGAGUCUGCUUUUGUUCCUAGACAAGCGUGACACCCCUUUCACCCCCGAAAAGUUCUUCUACGACACCAUCUGCCUGGACUACUGCGGGGCGCCGGGUCCUCUCUACGUCACCUUCACGGCCGCUGCCUGGAGCUUUGGUUACAUCCUCCUCUUUCUCCUCUUUGUCUUUGUCGUCGUCAUGGCCUUCGGCGACGCCUACAGCGUGUCCUCCACCAACCAGCUUCUGGCUACAGCUGCCGGAGGCUUCGUUCCUUUCCUCUUCCGCUACGUCUUCAAGUCCCCCGACCCCCCGUCCUUGCGGACGGACAGCGUGCAGUUUCAAUCACAGUUCCAUCAGGCCAUCAAUCGCUACGCACAGAACUGGCCCGUGUACGACCUCAUCCCCACCCAGUUCCGCGAAAUAAGCCUCGCGGACAUCAUCGUCCGCAACAGCACGCAAGAGGUCACCAGGUCAAACCAUGACCCGCACGUGCUACCCGAUAUAGAAUCUGUAUCCAGCGAGGGAGAAGAUUUCAUCGACGUUCACAUGUCCAACGAGGCAACGGCAAACGGAAACGACGACGAAGGUUUUGAUAUGAUUAUUGACGUUUCAGCGGAAGACUCGAGAUGCCACGGGUCGUUUGAUACCCAGCUCGGCAUGCUGGGUAAUCUGAGAAACCUUCGUCCAAGUUCGUCGCGCUUCAGUGGUCACAUAUACAGACCUCGUAAUUCUAGUAAAGGCAAGGUUAUUGAGGUUUAAAUAAGUGGGUUUAGGUUUUAUAAAUCGUGUAGAAAAUACCUGCGGGGACAUUGAUAAAAGGCCCUUUCUGAGGAAAGCAAACUCCCAGCCGUUAUAAACAUUAAUUUACUGUUAACUACCCCAAGAAUCAGGCUUCACCAUCGGUCUUUCCUCUUCUUCUUAAAUCCACACACACUGUGUUGGAACAAAGCUUCACAGGGUUAGUUACCUGUUCCUUCUUUAAUAAUGAUUUUGCAGAUGAAUAGUAGCAUUAAAAAGAUGACAGUUAAUAUAUCACAGCUGUUGAGAUAUAUAUUUUUUAAACAUUACUCUACCCUCAGACAAAUUUAUUAAAUUUCUUGAAUUCACAAACUUCUGACAGAGGUAUUUUUUAUUUAGUUACAUUUACAGCAAAAAGGACAAGUACGCUGGCGAACGAAGAGAUGACAUGUAAAAAAAGAAAAACAUGCUAGUCUGGUUAGAGGAGAAACUUAACUAGUGUUACUGGCAUUUGGGAAAAGAAACAAUUUUGGAUGCUUUUUUUUUCAAUCUAGUUAUUAUUGUGAUAUAAGAUUAAAAUUUUUACUGCUGUUUUAGUCUUCAAAAGAAAAUUAAGCUAUCGAAGAGAAGUCCAGAGUACAAUUUUCUGACUACUCCUGCAAGAAAUAAUAUUAUUUUAACAUUGACAGUGUUGUGGCUUAAGCAUCUAUAUAUCCACCCAGCUAUUCAUCCAGCGAUCCACCUGUGUCUUCAGCUGUCUAUUCAGCGAUCUGCCUAGUGAUCCACAAUCACCUGUAAUAAUUCAGGAUUGUUUGCGAGCAGCCACAACCAUCGGCGCAGUCAUCUGCUCAACUACUGACUCAACGAUCAUUAACCCAUCUACCACUUCAAUCAUCCCAAGAACCAUCCUGACAGCCUGUUGCUUCGCAUUCGUGGCCACCGACACAUGAGCUUGACUUUUGACUUUUGAGUUUCAACACCAACAUCCAUCACUCGUCAAGAC